UAUCAUGUUUGGCCUGGACAGUGGGUCCAGCGUUCAAUAAUCCGUGGCCGAAUAUACCUUUCUCUGCUCCGCAAAAUCCUAUUUUUCCAUGUUCCCAGUAACAUAAUAAUCCCAGGAUUGCUCGUGUGAUCUUAACUUCUAGUCUGUUUCUCUCUCGAAACCUACAGUAUGGAAGUAGUCGAGUUUGUGCUAUUGGGGAUUGUUGCUUUUUCUGCGAUUGUGGUUUCGAUUAUCCACUGGGUUGAAGUACUUGAUGAGAAGGUGAAAAAAAUUGGUAAUGAACAAAGUCCUACAAAAGAGGUGGAAAUUCAUGGUUCUGUAAGCAACAAAAGAGUUGGGUCGGUUGUUACAGAAUCUUUGCAACAAGAACAUAAUAGAAGUGUCGGCGGCGGCGGUAAUUGUGAGGUUGAAACCCCUGAGAUUUCUGCGGGGGAAAGGUCCCUACAAAUCGAAGAACCAGUACAACAAGUUACAAAUUGUUCCGACAAAGUUGGGGUUUCGGAGAUUACAACUGAAGACAGUAAGAUCAAAGGGAACGAGAUUCAUACUCCGAGGAAUAAUAAUGAAGAGGAAGAGAGAUUCCUUGAUGAUUGGGAGGGGGUAGAGAGAACAGAAUUGGAGAAGAGAUUUGGUGAUGCAGUGGUUUUUGUUGGUUCUAAAAAUAAUGCCGUUCGAAUUGACCAUGAUUUGAAGCUGCAAUUAUAUGGUCUUCAUAAGAUUGCUCUUGAAGGGCCUUGUCGUGCACCACAGCCAAUGUCAUUGAAGGUUUCUGCUCGCGCAAAGUGGAAUGCUUGGCAGAGUUUAGGAAACAUGAAUCGGGAGUUGGCAAUGGAGCAGUACGUUAUGCUUCUUUCAAGGUCGAUUCCUGGAUGGAAGGGCGAAGGAAGAACACCUGCUUCUCAAGAUGCAGGAACUUCUGAUGAUCUCGCUUCCCAUGGCCAAAAUAACUAUGAAGAAUAGUUGCUCGAAGCAUAAUAUGCUGGUUGCUGUCGACUUGACAGUGUUGUUUAAAGAUUCAAGCUUGGGUACUAGGAUUUAAUACGAUAAUGAAUGUAAAUGUAUAUGCUCCUGAAGUCUGACAUUCUAUAUUAUUACUAUUAGGAUUAGAUUAGUAUUCAGAUUUUUUUCUUUCUCCAGAAAGAAGGAUUCAUUUCGGAUCCCAAUUAUUGCAUUAGAGUUGAUAGUUUUCCCAUUUUGCCCUGGUUUGAAAUUGAAAUGUGCGAUUUGUCCAUCCAAA